AUGAAUCAUUCAACUGAAAAACAAACCCGAAUUAAUGUUAUAUCGAAACCAAGACAGUUACCAACUCAACAUAAACCUAACAGGAGUUCUGUGUAUGAGCGUCUAAAUGAAUUACACGAAAAAAAUAGCAAAGCAAAAGAUAAGGAUCUUCCAGAACGUAUCCAGGCUCUCGCACAACCGAAGCUACUACCAACUCAAUUUGUGAUGGACAGGCCUUCUGCAUCUUGGAGUGUUAGCAAUUCUGCUAAGAACUAUAACAUGAGCCAACGAAUAGAAACAUUGGCACAGCCCAAACAAUUGCCAUCGAAUUUUCAAUUAGAUCGUUAUAAUAUAAGCGUCGCUGAAAGUGCUUUGAAACAGCAACCAACCAAAAAGCGUAAAAAGCGGCGUGUAAGCAUUACAGAUUACGAGUGUUCAGAUCGUAUCUUAGAAUUAUCAAAGCCGAAGCGAUUGCAUCCCAAGUUUCUUACUGAUCGCGUUCACAUAGAUACAGUCAGCAUGGCAGCUACAAAAGCACAUGCUUCAGUUCGAAUUCAGCAGCUAGCAAAGUCAAAAGUUUAUCAUAUUAAUCACGAAGAUCAUAGUUUAAAAGUAUCAAAACGAGCUUUAAAUGCUGAAUGUUCACUAAGGAUAGAAGAAUUAGCUAAGCCAGUUUCAAGGAGGCUUAUUUCUAGAAAAGGAACCUUCAGGAGUUCAUUGGAAGAAGCUUCACUAUCGUGA